UUUUUUUUUUCAUGCUGAGAAUACACCUCAGAUAUAGUGAUACAAAUAAACUUUGUUUACGUGACUCGCCUUAGCAAGAUGAGUAACGCCUCUGAUAUUAGUGUAGACUUGUCCUGAUAUUGUGUCCUGUGGAUGUGACUCCAUGAAGGUACACUGUGUGAGGCAGGAGGUGCUGCUCGACCCGUUACGAUAUUUCUUAUUAUACUCUUACUCUUAAUGCAUGCAAUAUUUUCAUUCCUUUGAAUAGUAUCGUUGUAUGAUAGAUCCUCUCCUCCCGUGAAUAAUAAAUAGUUCAAUAUUCACUGUAUCGAAUAUUUCACAACUUCACAUUAUCAUACGCACAGAAAAUAAAACAGCUCUGUUUUAUCUAUUAUCAGUAAUCACUGUUUUGUUAUCACUUGGAAAUUACUAGCAAGCCAUAGCCAUGAUUAAUGUCAGCUUGGUGCACUCUAGCUGUCGAUUGCACUGCUGGGGGAUCCAUCACGACGUUUUCCUCAAUGAAACUUGACACUCAUGUCUUCCUCCGUCUGCGUCAGUGGCCCAAAUGAAUCACAGACGCUAGAUCGGAUCUUAUAAAGAAGGCUUAAUUGGGACACUGGCUACCACAUCCCGCCUAUGCUAAUUUGAAGGGGAGCUUCCGCGCUUUCUUCUAAUGCCAUAUUAUAAUUCUUGCUUAAAUAUCAUUUAGUGUCAAUAGCAUUUACAUGCGAUAAAAUGAUGAAUAAGAAUCUCGCUGUAUAGCAAAUGAAUUCUCAAUACUCACUGUUCAAGUAAUAAUUAAGCAGAAAAUUUAUUGCAGUUGUAAUGUGUGGCACUGAUGGCAUUCGUGUGGAUGUGACUUGAAUAUUUCAAUUUAAUGUGAAGGGUUUCCCUCUACUUACCCCAUCAGUGUUAAGAUCAAAUUCAAUACUGAAUAAGAUUCACUUAUAAGCCGCUCAUCAUCUUCCUGGGAUAAAUAAGAAGAUAAAAGGGUCUUGAUGUGAGGUGGCAGCCCCUGCAGCCAACGCUGGUUGGCUGGUUGGCCGGCGGGGUCCACACCUCCAGGCGGGGACCUGUCGAGUCAUGGACUGCUGGCGGGUGUUUGCCCAACGGUUCCUCGGUACCGUCAAUAGGAAUCACUGGAGUGUCUCGACCAGACUGAACCUUGUGGCUUCUGGGGACUAGGGCGUUGGUAAAUACCUCCUUGGGGACUUUCUACCUGACAGGUGUAGUGGACUUACUCCCCCACUCAGGUGUAUGAUGAGGGGGAGGGGAUGCUUACGCCCCACCUCCCCCUAGCCCUCAGGACUGACUCCUACACCUUUUGCUGUUGACCAAGUGAGGUUGAAGUUUUUUUUUUCACCUUACGAUUUCUUCUUAUCUGGCGCAGUAGGUCUUCCCCCCUCUCACAGCCCCGCCCCCUCUGACGUCACUCAUCACCGUCGUAUAUAAAGCCGACUUCGCAGAUUGAUGGCACACCACAUCUCGGGCUUUAAGUCCUCCCAGAGUUCAUCCUGCAGCCUCAGUGACCCUCAGUGAUAAUAAUCAGCUUUAAAACAGUGAAUAAUUGCGGCUUAAAACCCAAAGUUUCAAAGCAAAGUCUCAAGUUGCUCACUAUGGCGUCCAAGCUUGUGUCUUGCUGCGUGCUGGUUGCGUCUGUGGUCACCAAAGCUGCAGCCGCUUUAGAUAUAGAUUACAACGAUGGCAGUCUUUACGAUGACGAGGGUCGCCUCUUAGUGAUCCCCAUCGGUGCCACAGGCACUGGCCUAUCAGGACUUAACUUCAACAUCACCAGCCUGGCCGCGCUGUUCUCUGUUUUAGCCUCUGCGCUGGUCACCCUCUUGGGCCUAGCAGCUCUUGGUUUCCUCUUAUAUUCUCUCUUUGCCGGCGGCUAUGGUUUUGGCUCUGGCUCAGGCUCUGGCUAUGGAGGAGGCAGUGGAGGAGGAGGAUACUCCUCAUAUUCCUCAUACAGACGGUCUUUCGACCCCUACGCCAUUGACUGGGAGAAAUUCUCCAUCCUGGAUUGGAUCGCUAUCGGAGAAGAGGCCUGGAGAAAGUUCGACCCCUCAGAUCUUGAGUGCCAGAAGCGUCUGAUCUGCGAAGUGCACCAGAAUACUUCCCGCUUCGGCAACCCCGCCGCCCGCAUCGUCGACCUCUUCAGCUACCUGCAGUACGCCGAGGUCCUGUCACUUCCAGACGAGUUUAAAGCAUUGAUCGAAGAGUACAACGAUGCGGCUGAUCGAGGACGCAGUCUUCAGAAAGAUUGUGGCGAAGUGUACACGACAUGCGACUUCUCGGUGAAGAAAAUAAUGGACAAAUACUCUCAUAACGAGGUUUAGGUCUCGUUUCUUAUGAGUGUGGCUCAAAUGGCCUCGAGGAACUGGUCAACCGACACAGGUUGUCCUCUCACCCUCGAGGUCAACUUCCCAGGAAGAGAUCUAAUAUCAUCUUUCCAGUGAUUUAAGUCUCGACCUAGACCAUAAGCUUGUCGAUUAGAUUCCGUCUAGUUUGUUGUUUUUUAAUUUGUAUUUAACAUAUCUGUUGUUGAUUUGUAUUUAAGAUAAUUUAUUGACUGUGAUGACUGCCGUAACAGUGCAACCGAACCACCGCCAUAGACUCACGACCUAACCGUCUACGACUCCACGACUCUUAUAAUUAAACGACGCUCGGUGAUGACCAUUACGCUGUCCUUUGUAAAUAUAACUUCUUUGCUAUACAUAAACGACCUCAUUUGAAA